ACUGUUUAGCGCAGGAAUCCCACGGACUUUGGAGUUGUACGCACACACCGGCAGUGCCCCCCCCCACCAGCACGAGGAGGAAACGCCACAUUAGCCCUGGACUAUUUGGACCGAGCGCCAUGGCACCUGCAGACUGACAGGGGACAGGUCUGAAACGGGACCUACGUAGGCUGGAGAGACUGAUGAGGAAGUUCUGGAGGUUCUGGUGGAUCAGCUCUAAACGACCCGUGGCCUCGUCGUUCACCUGGACUUCAGAUCAACAGACGGUCUCCGUGUCCUGCUGUGAUGUUUCUGUCCCAUCGUGGAUGUGAGAGGUGAACUGGGUCUGUUUGAGGACCAGCGGAUCUACAGCACCAACAACUGAAAAACUAAACACCUGCAACCAGAACCGACCGAGUCCGGAGGGGGAUCUGGGUCUGUCUGUGGAUCUGGACCAGGUCAAAGGUCGUGUCAAUUCCAACAGUUGGAGUUGGUGUAGAACGCCACGAUGAUGACGAUGAUGAUGAUGAUGGUGGCCACCAUGGUCACCUGCAGCUCCUUGUUCCUGUUGGGCCUCGCCGCCGCUCACGCCUCCUCCAACGCCGUGAGCCGCUCUUCCUCUUCGUCAUCCUCCUCCUCUUCCUCCACCUCCUCAUCCUCAUCUCCUCGUAUGAAGCUCUCAUACAAAGAGCUGCAGCAGUUUCAUGGCGUUCGUCGGUUCGAGUUGGAGCGUUCCUGCUGUUUCAGCGCUCUGCUGUUGGACGAGGAACGAGGACGCCUCUUUGUCGGCGCCAAAAACUUCCUGCUGUCGCUGUCAUUGGACAACAUCGCCAAACAGGAACACAAGAUCUACUGGCCUGCUCCUGUCGACUGGAGGGAGGAGUGUAACUGGGCUGGAAAGGACAUCACUACUGACUGUGUGAACUAUGUGAAGAUCGUGCAUCACUACAACCGGACCCACCUGUACGCAUGUGGAACCGGCGCCUUCCACCCCACCUGCGCCUUCGUGGAGGUCGGAAACAGGAUGGAGGAUCACGUGUUCCGGAUCGACCCGUCCAAAGUGGAGGAUGGAAAAGGGAAGAGUCCGUACGAUCCUCGUCAUCCUGCUGCGUCGGUGCUCGUCGGUGAUGAGCUGUAUGCGGGCGUGGCCACAGACCUCAUGGGGCGGGACUUCACCAUCUUCAGGAGUCUGGGCCGGCGUCCAUCCAUCCGGACCGAACAGCACGACUCCCGCUGGCUGAACGAACCCAAGUUUGUGGGUUCCUUCUGGGUCCCAGAGAGUGAAAACCCAGAUGACGAUAAGAUCUUCUUCUUCUUCCGGGAGACGGCGGUGGAGGCCCAGGGUCUGGGGAAGUCCACCUACUCCCGCAUCGGACAGCUGUGCAGGAAUGACAUGGGGGGUCAGCGGAGUCUGGUCAACAAGUGGACCACCUUCCUGAAGACCCGCCUCAUCUGUUCGGUUCCCGGCGCCGACGGCAGCGACACGUACUUUGACGAGCUGCGUGACGUCUUCCUGCUCCAGACCAGGGACAGAAAGAACCCUCUGGUCUACAGCGUCUUCUCCACCUCCAGUAGUGUGUUUAAAGGUUCGGCGGUGUGUCUCUACUCUAUGAAUGACAUCAGGAGGGCCUUCCUCGGACCCUUCGCUCAUAAAGAGGGUCCAAACUACCAGUGGGUUCCGUUCCAGGGGAAAGUGCCCUACCCACGCCCAGGAAUGUGUCCCAGUAAGACGUUCGGCAGCUUCGAGUCCACCAAGGGUUUCCCCGACGACGUGAUCCAGUUCGCCCGCCACCACCCGCUGAUGUACAACCCCGUCUACCCCAUGAACCGACGGCCCAUCUUCGUCAGAACCAACGUGGACUACAGCUUCACGCAGCUGGCCGUGGACCGGGUCAACGCCGCCGACGGCCAGUACGACGUCAUGUUCAUUGGAACAGACAAAGGGACGGUUCUAAAGGUGAUCAACGUUCCCAAAGAGAGCUGGAAUAACAUGGAGGAACUUCUACUGGAAGAACUGGAGGUCUUCAAAGACGCUUCGUCGAUCAUCAACAUGCAGAUCUCCUCUAAACGGCAACAGCUGUACGUGGGCUCCCACACCGGCAUCGCUCAGGUUCCUCUUCAUCGCUGCAGUGUUUAUGGGAAGGCCUGCGCCGAAUGCUGCCUGGCCAGAGACCCGUACUGCGCCUGGGACGGAACCUCCUGCACCCGCUACCUGCCCAACACCAAGAGACGUUUCCGUCGUCAGGACGUGAGGAACGGAGACCCCAACACCUUAUGUUCAGGAGACCACCACAAGCACCGCGUGGCUGAGAGGAAGCUGUUUGGAGUGGAGGGCAGCAGUACGUUCCUGGAGUGCAUCCCCAAGUCCCUCCAGGCCAGAGUGACCUGGACCUUCCAGAAACAUCCACAGAGUCCACGGGAAGAGGUGCGUCUGGAUGACCGCCUCCUCCAGACCGACAGGGGGCUCCUGGUCCGCCGAGUCCUGAAGAGGGACGUGGGCGUGUACCAGUGCCACGCCAUGGAGCACGGCUUCACGCAGACGUUACUGGGCAUCACCCUGGAGGUCGUCCCCUCCACCUCCCCCUCCGAACCCCCCGUCCGACCGGACCCCCGGAGCGGGGGCGGGCCGCCGUCGACCAAUCAGAAGCUGUGGUACAGGGACUUCAUGCAGCUGGUGGACCACCCCAACCUGAGCGCCGUGGACCAGAUCUGCGAACAGGUCUGGGCCCGGAAGAACGCCGGCGCCGACCCGGCGGAGAAGAGCUUCCCGACGGCGCCGAAGGAGGCGCCUCCUCUGGGCCCGGUGGGUCGCCCCGCCAACAAGAAGUGGAAACACCUCCAGGAGAUCCGGAAGGGGAGGAACCGCCGGACCCACGACGGGAAACCCAGCCCCCGAGCGCCACGCAGCGCCGGAGAGUAAAAGCAACGGACCAGAACCAAACAGACUGAAACAGGAAGAAGGACUGAGACACACACGACUGGAGGGGUUCACUGACACACACACACACACACACACACACACACACUGAGACACACUCAAAGACACACACACACACCACACACUGAGACACACACACACUGAGACACACA